CAAGCGACAUUUUCAGCAAAACGACUGAAUUUCACUUCCCCCCGCCGGCCCCGACAAAUUCAUCGUCACGACACUCCGGCAAGCGAAAUCGACAAACAGCCGCCAAGAUGGUGAACAUUCCCAAGACGCGUAUGACCUACUGCAAGGGCAAGGAGUGCCGCAAGCACACCCAGCACAAGGUCACCCAGUACAAGGCCGGCAAGGCCUCGCUGUUCGCGCAGGGAAAGAGACGUUACGACCGAAAGCAGUCCGGUUACGGUGGUCAGACCAAGCCUGUCUUCCACAAGAAGGCUAAGACCACCAAGAAGGUUGUCCUGCGGUUGGAGUGCAUCAAGUGCAAGACCAAGCUCCAGCUCGCCCUGAAGCGCUGCAAGCACUUCGAGUUGGGUGGUGACAAGAAGACCAAGGGUGCUGCCCUCGUUUUCUAAACGCAUUGUGUUUUCGGUCGACCGACUUUUAUGGCUCCUUUCACGGCACACGGAUCAUCAUCAGGCUGGAACAAUGGCGGCGAAGAGGGUUACCAGUUCUCAUUUGAGGAACUCUACAUAGGGAACAAAUAAAAGCCCUUGCUUGCGAACGGAUACCAAAAGCAAUUCAUCAAGCUUCCCUCCCCUCCUCACCCCUCACCUGCUGUCCGCGCUUAGAGAAACCACAAACCGAAAAGAGAAAAAAAGUGACAAGAGAAAAUGCGGGAUGCGUGGGAACUCGACAAACGGUUUGUCCUGAGGGUGGUGAUCACACUCGAGGUGGGAUGAACUUGUCCCUGUUGAGACAUGCCCAGGUUCCCGAAUCUGUGGUCGCUAGAAGAUAGAUGCCUUCUAUGAGGCUCAACCGGUCAAUCACAUAACUGAGUCACGAAAUAACGU